AAAUAGGGGUGCGUUGAAGCGAGGGCGUCAGGCCCCAAGCACCCUAGAAAAGAGGGCGCGGUUGGAAGGUUUGCUCCCUUCUGUGACCGCUAGAUGGCGCGAGGUUUGAGGGCGCCACAAAUGUAUCUUUUAGAUCUCGGAAAAUCUAUCGAUGAACAUUGGGUGGUGAAUGGUGAAUCCGAGUGAUUUUGAAAUUUUUAACUGAAACGCAGUAUUGGCGCAAGAAAGGCAAUUGGAGAGUCUCAAGAAGUGCUUUUGCGAAGAGGAAAAAGGAACCCUUCGGGUUGGAGAAAGUAAUACACACGGCAAUUUGUCCUCGCAGAAUUUUGAGGUUAGCUUACCCACGCUAACCUGUUGCGAGUACACCCGCAUUCUCCUCUCCCUGGCCCUGCGGGACCGGGAGAGGUUCAGAGCAUCACAAUGGAGACGGAAGCAGAAGUGGUGUGGACUGUGGUUAAUCCCAGAAAAAAGAAACCUGGUAACAGCAUCCUUUUGGAACCGCUCAAAAGAAAGUGCCCUUCCCCAGUAGGGGACGAGAAAGAAAAUAUGAAAAAGAAAAAUACUAAUAACAUACAAAAUAUUCCUACUGUAAGAAUAUACCCUGAGGCUCACAGUGGCCCAGCCUUGGUUGAAAUUCGCCUAGCUGAAACGCAUUGUAAGAAAAGUAGGAGUCACAACAUGGUAGCAAUUGCUAAAGCGCUACAUUCAAUGAAGGCAGGAGCUCAUCAACUGCGUCCCAGAGGCUUCAACAAAGCAGAAGCCAUGUUCAACAACGGUAUGGAGGCAAACAGGCUGAUCUUAUCUCCAAAGGUAGGAGAGUGUUACGUUGCGCGUGCGAUGCCGCAACGUAAAAGGGAAAGGAUAAAAAUUGGAGGAUAUAGGUGGUUAAAUUUCAGUCAAGAGCAUGGUCUGGAGGCCUUUGUGCCUCGUCACUCUGUAGAAAGGAAAGGUUUGCUGAAAGGCUUUAGCUUGGAAUAUCCAAUCGAGGACCUCCUGGAUCUAGCAGUAACCCCAUGCAAGAUAAUCCAGGCCAAGCGGAUGGACAGAAGACAGGUUGAUUCUACCACCAAAGAGGUUUCCUGGGUUCCCAGCGAAACAGUCCUUAUUACUUUCGAGGGGUCAACUCUCCCAACUAAAAUACAAUUGUAUGGACUUCUCAACAAGAACAUAGAACCUGACAUUGAAAGGGUAAGAACAUGCAAGAACUGUGGCAAAUUUGGGCACUCUCAAACCAGAUACAGGUCACUUCCUGAGUGCCUAAAUUGUAGUACAGUAAAAGCUGGAUAUAUGCAACAAACAUUGGGACCCAGACGUUGCAUAUAUCCAUCCGAGGUGUUGAUUCUGGGCAUUUAAACGUUGCAUAUAUCCAGUCUUGGUAUCGAUUCUGCGU